AUGGCCAGUGCUGCACCAGCAACUUCAUCCUCAAAGGAGACGACAAACUAUGCCAGGUUGUGUCGUCUCCUGGUUGAUAUUGGAACCCAGGCUCUUCGAGACACGUUAGAUACCAUCCAUUCUCCAGCAAAUCUACCCUCAGUUUUGGCGGCAAAGAAGCCCACCUUACAAUCUCUUAGAAAGAAGAAGAUUAUCAAUCCAAUACAAUGGGGAAAACUUUUCCCUCCCAUCCCUACCUCAGUGUCUUCGCGUGACUUUGACACAACUUUGCUGAUGGUUCUGUUACGGAACCUGUGCGGCUUAACUGCUCCGCUGACCGGCUGGAACGCUUUGCCUACCGUAACAGACCUCAGCAGGGAAGCGGACAUUGCCCGAGUUAAGUAUUUUAGGAACACCGUGUACGGUCACGCUGAGAAAGCUUCUGUUGAUGACGUCAAAUUCAAUGAAUACUGGCGUGACAUCCGGGACACUCUGGUCAGACUGGGAGGUGUUCCUUAUCAAGCUGCCAUUGAUAAACUUAGAAACGAGAGCAUGGACCCUGUAGUUGAAAAUCACUACGUGGGACUCCUGAGUGAGUGGAAAAAGGACGAAAAUAAUAUUAAAGAAGAGCUGGGCAAGAUGAAGAAAAUGCAGAAGAAGAUCGUGCAUGGGCAGGAGGAAUUGUUACAUGCGCAUAAGAAAAUAUUACAUACUUUGACAUCAUCGAAAGAAGUUGUUGACCAGGGCACAGUUACGGCGCAACAUGAAGUUCCUCUUAAAGUCGUCCCAAGAGAUCUUAGCGCUGAAAAACUGGAGAAAUUCAACCGGUAUUUUAGGGAGAACAUUUUAACGUGCAUGGACAACGAACUUUCUCCAACUGGAGGAAUAGGUGAAUUCCUUAAGUAUAUAGAAGACAUUUACAAACUGCGCACAAAGGCAUUAGGUUUUGGCUGCAUAGAAAUACGAGUGCAAUGCCACAAUCUGGAGAGCCUGGAAAGACUGUGGAAAGACUGCAACCAUGGCGACCUCAACAGAAUGGCUGAAAGAUACCUGGUAACGACUGAACUUAAAGAGAAACUUGAUCUGAAAGCUUUAAGAUUAAGCAUUAAGGUUAAUGAAGAGGACUACUUGGCAUGCAAGGAGUCUUUCCCGGAGGUUGUGAAGCCACCAGAAGAAGAGUCUGUCUCAG